AAUACCUGCAGUAUACGUCCUGUUACAAGGCGAUCAGCAAGGACUGGGACAACUGUGCUAACCGGUUUGUUAGUCUGGUCAGAGAGGAGGUCAGCCGCAAAAACUACACUAUGGAGUCCAGAUUACUUGAACUGUGCUGUGCCAGACACGGUUUCCUCAAGUGCGUGUACGUCACCAGCAGGCUUAAAUGCAAGAAAGAGGAGGCUGUUUUCAUCAAGAAGAUCGCCGACACCCUGUCUAACAUGAGGGUAUACUUAAAGCACUGCAGGAACGUGGAUGUGGCGUUCUGUACUGGAGGGCGUACUAUCCAAUGA